GAUUUUGACAAGGAUUGUUUUUAUUUUACUUCCUCUUUUAAAAUGGCUGUCCUGUGGUGGACGUGUCUUAUCUCAAUACUAGGAUUUAUUCACUGUUAUGAUCAUUUUACACUACCGUCGUUUUGAUUUACCUGCUCCUCAGAUUUUGACAACGAUAAUUUUUUCUUCCUUUAAUAUGACUGCCUUAAGAGGUGUGUGGGUAGUUUUGUUACUUGGAUUUACUCACUGUUACGAAAACCUGAGCAGAAGAUCCACAACAACACUCUCUCAAAGUUCUACAUACCACGAUGCAUCACGGGCAAAUGAUGGUGAUAGAAAUAUCACAGAAAAAUAUUGUGCUCAUACUGCUCCUAUAUACACAAACAGGGCUUGGUUUCAAGUAGAUCUUGGAAAACCAUACAGCAUAAAAAGUGUGAAUAUCUAUUACAGAAGAGAAGGUCCCCAAUGGCAGCAAUACAGAUUUAGACAGUUUUACCUGGACGUCUCGGACUAUCCAGUUAUUUCGACUACAACCAGUCAGCGAACCAGAUGUUACACUGACAACAGUACAGCUCCUGCUGUACCUCCAAAUAUAAUUGAGAUUCCAUGUAAACAGACGGCAAGAUACAUAAUUGUGGAAACAGAGUACAAAUAUCCAACUGAUAAAGGUCCAAUCCUAGAAAUUUGUGAAAUAGAAGUUUAUGGUUGUGAAGUUGGUUAUUAUGGCCCAAACUGUUCAUCUUGUGAAGGUUGUUAUAACUGUGACAUUGCAACCGGCUGUCCCUGUAGCAGUAAUUGUGUAGACCAGCAAUGCAAUGAAUUUGGCAACUGCAUCCAAUGUUAUCAGGGACGUUGGGGAGAUAAUUGCCAGAAAAUUUGUCCAACUUCGUGCAAAUCGAGAUAUUGCAUCAACACAAAUGGAUUUUGCUAUUCCUGCAGCGAUGGAUACUUUGGAGAUAUAUGUCAGAAGGAUUGUUAUGCAAAGUGUUCGGGACGAAAAUGUAACAAAUACACGGGAAUUUGUACAACUGGAUGUGUAUCUGGUUAUUAUGGUGAUUUUUGUAAUAUUACUUGUGGUAACUGCAGUACUGGAAAUUGUUCUAGAUAUACCGGACAUUGUGACACCUGUAAAUUAGGUUAUUAUGAAGAGAAGUGUGAUAGACAGUGUAGUGACACUUGCCUCGAUUUGGAAUGUAAUAAAGAAAAUGGCUAUUGCAGUCGUGGUUGCAAAUACGGUUUCUAUGGGGUUUAUUGUGAAAAUGAAUGUAGUGAAAACUGCAAACAAACCAACUGCAACAGAUAUGGAAUUUGCAUUAAUGGAUGUAAACCGAAUUGGACUGGAGGAAUUUGCAACAAAUGUGAUGCGACUCAUUAUGGAGAUGAUUGCUCAAACAUGUGCAGUGUAAAUUGUAUCAGCCAGGCAUGCAACAAUGUUACUGGUGUUUGCACUAUUGGGUGUGAGAGAGGAUUUUAUUCACAGAAAUGUGAACAGAGAUGUAGUGCUUCAUGUCCAUCUAGUUGCAACAGAGACUCGGGGAGUUGUGAGGGAGCAUGUCCAGCUGGUAAAUAUGGAGAUCAAUGUGAUAGGACCUGUAAUCAAAACUGUAAAAAGGUAUGCAGUAAAAGCAGUGGUUUGUGUGAUUCUGGUUGUAUUGACGGUAAAUUUGGACCAGACUGUCUCAAGGCCUGUGGUGGUGGGUGUGAUUCCGGAUGUCAUCAGUCCGAUGGGAGUUGUGCUUGUAAGACAGGAUGGCAGGGACGAUACUGUGACGUUUGUAAACCGGAUUAUUAUGGUCAUGAGUGUGAAUCUCAGUGUAGUUCAAACUGUUUGAACAGAACCUGUCUCUCAAACAAUGGUUCCUGUAUAGGAGGAUGUAAGGGACACUUUGUGGAUGAGAAAUGUUUCAUAGCACUUGCUGUAAGUGACCCGACUUCUUUGCCGACUACAGCUAUUGGUGCUGGGUUAGGUGCUGUACUAUUUCUUUUGGUUUUAAUAAUCAUCAUAGUCAUUUUUCUCAGAUACAAACGACGAAUGCGUCAAAAUUCCAAAUCAGAUAUGGUCUUCUAUAAAAAAGAGCAUGCCCCAUCUUCUGAAAACAAGUUGUACACAAACAUAGGUAAUGUUUCGGUACCGAUAGAGGACCCAGAAGAAGAACCACAAAUGGAGAACCCUGAGGAGGCUGUGUAUUAUAAUGAUCUAUCUGUGGCUAAGGAUAUCGCUGUGUCUGACCUACUGAGGAUAAUCACUGAGAGAGAAGCCAAGGAAAAUGAAAUAUUUCAUAAGGAAUUUAAGUCUCUUCCUUAUGGAGAAAGAUUUGCCUGCGAGACAGCUAAAUCAGCAGAAAACAUGCCCAGGAAUCGAUUCAAAACCACUUUUCCAUACGAUCAUUCACGAGUAAUUUUAGAAGUUGGUAAUGGCUUCACUACAGAUUACAUAAAUGCAAACUAUAUUGAGAAUAUGGAGGGGGAAAAGGAAUUCAUUGCUUGUCAAGGCCCACGUGAAAACACUUUAGUUGAUCACUGGAGAAUGAUAUGGCAGGAGCAUGUGGAAUACAUCGUUAUGUUGACCAACCUAAUUGAAGGACCAAAGGUGAAAUGUCACCAAUAUUGGCCAGAUGAAGGGAAAGAUCUGGAAAUCAAUCCAUUUUCCGUAACUUUGGUAGAAGAGAAAGUAUAUGCGUAUUUCGUCCAGAGAAAAAUGACUGUGCGGAAAAAGAAGGUCACUGGGUCAAGGACGGUCGUACAGUAUCACUUCACCCGAUGGCCAGAUCACGGGACUCCAAAUCCUCUGAAUUUAGUUGUAUUUCACCGACACUUCAGACACAAAAUCAAGCCUUCUCAACAUCCAAUAAUUGUUCAUUGCAGUGCGGGAAUUGGGCGAACUGGGACAUUUAUCGCCCUUGACGUUUUGUCCAGGUACGCCAAGGACAAGGGCAAGGUCAACGUCAUAGAGUAUGUCAAGGCCAUGCGUAGAAACAGGAUGACAAUGAUACAGAAUGUGGACCAAUACGUUUUUCUCUACCAUGCUUUGUACGAGUUUUCAGAAGGAAACCCCAGUAUAAGAAGAAAGAUGAAUUUGUCCACCAGUAUGGAGAUGUCAACAGAAUAAAUACACAGAAACAUCUAACCAAUGAAU